CGCAGCGCCAUUACACUUUAGGGCAAGGAGGUUAAGAAGUCGGCAUGGCGUUCGGGUCAAUAAAAUCGAUAGCUGGAACCUGCCUGUGUUCUAGGCAGCGGUGGUGCAGGAGCAGCGCCGCCAUCUUCCCCGAAGGCAUCUUCCGGUGCCUCUCACCCAAGUUCCAGCGGGAGUUCCCUGAAUAACGGUCUGUGUCGGGCCGCCCGGCCCCUCAGGCAGCCGAUUCAGAUUUCCUCCGGGCCUUCCCGACGGAGCUUCUAGGUCUCCGGGUCCCCGUGGCAAGGCCGGGGAGCAGGUCCGAUGGCGCCACCUUCGGCUCCGCUUCUCCUGCGGGCAGUCGGAGAGGCUGGACCUACUCGGAAAAGGGGCAGGAGGCCAAGGGCCUUGAAGUUCGUGGACGUGGCCGUGUACUUCUCCUCGGAGGAGUGGGGGUGUCUGCAGCCCGCUCAGAGGACUCUGUACCGGGAUGUGAUGCGCGAGACCUACGGCCUCCUGGGCGCGCUCGGAUGCGCAGGUCCCAAACCAGCUCUCAUCUCCUGGUUGGAACGAAAUACCGAUGACUGGGAACCAGCAGCCCUAGAUCCGCAGGAGUACCGGAGAUGGGUAACAUUCCAGAGAAAAACCAGAUCCAAGCAGAAGACUGAAGAGAAGGACGUAUUCCCACCUAAGGAAGCACCCCGAAAGGGGAAACGAGGGCGGAAGCCCAGCAAACCCCGGCUGAUUCCCAGGCAGACAUCCGGGGGCCCCAUCUGCCCUGACUGUGGCUGUACCUUUCCUGACCACCUCGCCCUGGAGAGCCACAAGUGCGCCCAGAAUCUGAAGAAACCCUAUCCCUGCCCGGAUUGUGGGCGUCGCUUUUCCUACCCAUCCCUGUUGGUCAGUCACCGGCGGGCACACUCCGGUGAGUGCCCUUACGUUUGUGACCAGUGUGGCAAACGUUUUUCCCAGAGGAAAAACCUGUCUCAGCACCAGGUCAUACACACAGGCGAGAAGCCCUACCACUGCCCUGACUGUGGCCGCUGCUUUCGCAGGAGCCGGUCGUUGGCCAAUCACCGGACCACGCACACCGGUGAGAAGCCUCAUCAGUGCCCUAGUUGUGGGCGUCGCUUCGCCUAUCCAUCUCUGCUCGCUAUCCACCAACGGACACACACAGGGGAGAAGCCCUAUACCUGCCUAGAGUGCAGCCGUCGCUUCCGCCAGCGCACCGCCCUGGUCAUCCACCAGCGCAUCCAUACUGGAGAGAAGCCUUACCCAUGUCCUGACUGUGAGCGGCGUUUCUCCUCCUCCUCUCGCCUGGUUAGCCACCGGCGUGUGCACUCUGGGGAGCGGCCCUAUGCCUGUGAGAACUGCGAAGCCCGCUUUUCUCAGCGCAGCACCCUGCUCCAGCACCAGCUCUUGCACACAGGCGAGAAACCCUACCCCUGCCCAGACUGUGGACGUGCCUUCCGGAGGAGCGGCUCCUUGGCCAUCCAUCGCAGCACGCACACGGAGGAGAAGCUGCACGCCUGCGAUGACUGCGGCCGCCGCUUUGCCUAUCCCUCACUGCUGGCCAGUCAUCGGCGCGUGCACUCAGGCGAGCGGCCCUAUGCCUGUGACCUUUGCUCCAAACGCUUUGCCCAGUGGAGCCACUUGUCUCAGCACCAGCUUCUGCACACUGGGGAAAAGCCUUUCCCCUGCCUUGAGUGUGGCCGGUGCUUCCGCCAGAGGUGGUCCCUGGCUGUCCACAAGUGCUGCCCCAACACCCCCAAUGGUAGCCCUAGACCUCUUAUAGGAGGGCCCAGCCAGAGGAGCAGUGCUCUUUAGCAUAACAAAGAUGACAGAAAGUCACUUUAUGGAAGGGUGCAAAACUCAGGAGUAGCUGCCAGAGGUCCUACAGAAUGGGAGCAGACCCAGAGCCCUGGCCCGCUGCUCCACAGCCCGAACCCAGAACACUGGGUGCCCUACAGCAUGUCUGAAACAGUUACCAGGCGACAUGAUGCCAUGUGAUUAAAGUUUUCCAAGCUAACUUGUCUUAAAAUAAUAUGGGUGUGUUCUUCUCCCAGCCUCUUUUAGGGGCUGCCUUCUUGGUUUGUGUAUACAGAUAAUAUUCAGUCAGGAGACUCAUUUAUAGAAGGCAGAACCUCCCCUGCUCUGCCUCUAUUUCUGUAUCAUGGGGAAAGCCUGAGUUUGGCUCCAUAUUUGCAACACUCCUGCCAAGUGAUAGGCCAUCGCUGAAAAGGAGCUCUCUACCUCACAUGCGGGCCGUUUCCUUGUAGGAUGGUGCUAAUUUUUAGGAGGCUAUUUAUUGCAUUCUCCUUUGUAAACCCAGUCUAGGGUAAGCUUAAUACUUUACCCACAGGGUAGCUCUUCAGAAAACCUAAUCAGUCUAUUUUGUGCCCAGGUUUGUGUGUGUGUGUGUGUGUGUGUGUGUGUGAGAGAGAGAGAGAGAGAGAGACAGAGAGAGAGAGAAAGAGAGAGAGAGAGAGAGAGAGAGAGAGAGAGAGGUUGAAUGUGUGAUUCACCUCAGCCUUCUGAGUAAUUGGUAGUCUGGGCUCUGGUCAACUGUUCUUUUUUUUUUUUUUUUAAGGAGUAUAUGCAUAGUUUAACUAUUUAUUUAUAUUUUACGGGUUUGAAUGUUUUGCCUACAUGUAUAUCUCUACACCAUGAUUGGGCCUGGUACCCAAAGGAGGACAGAUGAGAGAAUCAGAGCCCCUGGAACUGAGUUACAAAUGUUGUGAGCCACCAUGUGCUGGGAAUUGAAUCCCAGGUCCUCUGGAAGAGCAGACAGUGGCCUUAACUACUGAGCCAUCUCUCCAGCCCCUGGUCAUUCUUGGAAGAGUGGCUCUUGGUUCCCACAAGUGAAAUCUGUCUCUUCUUAGGGAUCAUACAGAAACAAAAAGAGUAUCAUGCCAUGUGCUGUAUACACCAAUCUUAACUACUCCAGGCCACGCUGCUUUGGGGUGAUGAUUUCUUUAUUAUGUAUACAUGCCUGUUCUGCAUGGUCAGAAAAGGGCACCAGAUCUCAUUAUAGAGGGUUAUGAGCUACCAUGUGGUUGCUGGAAAUUGAACUCGGAACCUCUGGAGGAGCAGUCAGUGCUCUUAACCACGGAGCCAUCUCUCCAACCCCAGUUUCAGACCUCUACACACCCUCACCUUUCUUCUUCAAGACGUAGUAAAACCAAAUCUUCACCACUUUUGAAAAGUUGGUUCAGGCUGGGUGUGAGGCAUCAACACAGUACACUGAAAGGUUUAAGAGGAAAUGGGGUGAUUGGUACCAAGCAGCAGGAGGUAGACUUCAGUUUGCUACGGGUGACUAAUAGCUGGAAAAAUGGCACCCACCUGACUAGGUGCUCAGUAAAACUUUACUACCUUCUUGCCUUGGGCAGCUGUACCGACGUGGUACAUCAAAUAUGACUUCUGCCAACAGCUGAACUGGGUCAACCUCCUGCAUCUGCUUCUCUAUGGAGCAUCUGCCCUCAGCUCUGGGUGGGGGCAGAUGGCAAACACUGACUUGUAAUUAAUUACCUCUGUUUAGGUGUGUAGCAAAUUGAUUGUAACCAUUUGUCUGUUUUUUCAUGGAUAAUGAGUGCCCUCUGGUUAGGGGCAGUGCCAGAUAGGAUUUCAUUAAAAUAUUUAAUGGAA